AUGGCCGAACAAAUUGUUGACCAAGUGGUCGAAGCUGUCAAGGAUGCGGUUGAGGCUGCAGUAGAGAAAAAUGCAACCAGCGAAGAAACGAUAACAAAUGAGAAAGUACCAUCAACGCCAGAAGGAAUUGCAGUGGCCUAUGGUUCACUGGUGAUUAUGGCUAUGUUGCCGAUUGUUUUUGGUUCCAUACGCUCGGUCAAAUUGCACAAAGCCAAAAAGAUCAGUGGCGAAAAGGCUGAUACAAUGACAAAAAAGGAUGCCAUGUUCUUCCCCAUUAUUGCCUCUGUCGCUCUCUUCGGCCUGUACACUUUCUUUAAGGUGUUCUCGAAAAAUCACAUUAAUCUUUUGUUGACCGGCUAUUUCUUCUUUUUGGGUGUUAUCGCUUUGGCCCAUUUACUUAGUCCCAUUGUAAAUUCCCUGAUGCCAGCCGCCGUACCAAAAAUACCAUUCCAUAUACAUUUCACUAAGGGCGAGGGUAAAAACAAAGAAGAUCUCAUAAAUUAUAAAUUCUCGACCCACGACAUUGUCUGUCUGGUAUUGUCCACGGCCAUUGGUGUCUGGUAUCUGUUGAAGAAACAUUGGAUUGCCAAUAAUAUGUUCGGUUUGGCUUUUGCCGUUAAUGGUGUUGAAAUGUUGCAUCUGAAUAACAUUGUUACCGGUUGCAUUCUAUUGAGCGGUCUGUUCUUCUACGAUAUCUUCUGGGUGUUUGGCACAAAUGUUAUGGUGACGGUGGCCAAGAGCUUUGAAGCCCCCAUUAAGCUAGUCUUCCCCCAGGAUUUGAUCACCAAUGGCUUGAGUGCAUCCAAUUUUGCCAUGUUGGGGUUGGGUGAUAUUGUCAUUCCGGGUAUCUUUAUUGCCUUGUUGUUGCGUUUUGACCAUAGCACCAAACGUAAGAGCCGCAUCUAUUUCUAUUCCACAUUGACGGCAUAUUUCCUGGGUUUGAUGGCCACCAUAUUUGUUAUGCAUGUGUUCAAGCAUGCCCAGCCAGCUUUGUUGUAUUUAGUGCCAGCCUGCAUGGGUACACCACUGUUGGUAGCAUUAGUACGUGGUGAACUUAAGACCUUGUUUGCCUAUGAAGAUCAUCCCGAAGAGAAACCCGAAAAGAAAGAAACCAAGGAAAAUAGCAGCAGCAGCAACAAAAAGAAAGAAUCCAAAAAAGCCAAAUGAUUAUCAGGCGAUUUCCAGACGCACACUUCCACUGAUAACACUACAACAU